AUGGAGGAGUUGACAUUCGGUUGGAUAGAUUACACCGUAUUUUCGAGUUUACUCGGUAUCAGCAUCAUCAUUGGGAUUUAUUUUGGAUUCUUCAGUAAACAAGACACGGUGCACGAAUAUAUUUACGCUGGGAAAACUAUGUCAUACCUUCCCGUCGCUAUCAGUGGGCUGUCGAGCUUUUUAUCCGGAAUAACAUACUUGGGCUUCACAACCGAGAUCUACCUCUACGGAUCUCAGUACGUCAUAGAAAUAAUCGGAGCAAUAAUAGCCAGCAUCCUGGCGACCCAUCUCGUACUACCGGUUUUCUUCAAGCUGCAGCUACUCACUGUCACUGAAUAUUUGGAGCUGCGCUUUUCCAAAGCCGUGCGAAAAUUAUGCUCCGUCACAUACGUUGUCGUACUGAUAAUCUACUGCUCGAUCAUUAUUUAUGCACCGGCUAUUGCUUUCUCACAGCUUACCGGCAUAGAAUUACACCUGCUGACCCUGGUUAUCUGUACGAUCUGUAUUUUUUACACGAGUCUGGGCGGAGUAAAAGCUGUGGUAUGGACGGACACAUUCCAAUUCAUAUUUACUUUUGUAGGUUUUGUUUCUAUAUUAAUUAUAGGGGUAAUGAAAGUAGGAGGGUUCUCGAAUAUUUGGAACGCUUCGAAGGAAGGUGGACGUAUCAUUAUUUUCAACAUGAAUCCAAGUAUUUACGAAAGAUCCACUUUUUUUACUGUGUUGUCGUCAGUGAUCACUUUAUACUUGGGAUCUCUUGGAGUUUCUCAAAAGCACGUGCAAAAAUUACUGACAAUUCACGAGGAAAAAGAAGCAAGAAAAGCAUUAUGGGCCAUUACUCUCGGCAGUGUUACAAUUAGAAUGAUGUGCAUUGUUAUUGGUUUGACCAUUUGCACUAGGAACAGAGGCCAAAGGGUUGCUGGACGUAAGUGCACCCACAGGAUUCAAGAUGAAGACAACGACGACGACACCAAGGACGGUAGUGCAUGGAGCCAGCGUUAA